CAGUUCUUCUUUUCUUUUCUUUUCUUUCUUUCUUUUUCCGAAUGGUCGAUUUUGCAGUUUUGCUAAAGUUGAUGACCGUUGAUUUUUGGGUUUUUUUGGCCGAGUGGUUGGCCGCCUCCUUCUGCGCCACUCGUGGAGGGAAAUCCCUACAACGUAAAUCCCCUAUUUUCGGUACUUAGGGUUUUUGGUAUAAAUGAUGACGAAUCUGCAGACCCUCGUUAGGAUGAUUUAGCAAAGAGAGGAAGAUAAUCAAGGAUUAUAUUCAUUAAGCUGCAGCAGAAGGAUAUUGUCCUUUUCGUUGUGGCUCUGACGAUAACUAAUAAGCAUUUCAUUCAUACUUUAGUCUCUGCGAUGAUGACGACGACGUCGUUUCGGAAGUACGUGAGCAUCCCGGCUGCAUGGAUCCUGCUGGUUUUGGCCAUCUCGUCGUUGCCGGACGACUGCCGUGCUUACAAGAAAGACUCCAUCUUUCAUGCGGUUAGCCGACACGGUAAAGCGAAAGCCAGUAAACCGGUUUUACCGGGCCCGUGGAAGAAAGCCCACGCCACUUUCUACGAUGGCAGCCCAUCCUCCUUUGGUGGAGCAUGCGACUUCAAGGACGUGGUGCAAGAAGGCUACGGUAUGAACACGGCGGCGCUGAGCGGCGCGUUGUUCAAGGGCGGCGAGGCCUGCGGCGCGUGCUUCGAGCUGAAAUGCGUGGACAACCCGCAGUUCUGCAGGCUAGGGCAGCCGACGCUCCACGUCACGGCCACCGACCACUGCCCGCCCAACCCGUCCCUCCCCAACGACAACGGCGGGUGGUGCAACCCGCCGCUGGAGCACUUCGACAUCGCCCACCCGGCGUUCGGCCAGCUGGCGGAGGAGAAGAGCGGCAUCAUCCCCGUCCAGUACCGCCGCGUCCCCUGCCAGAAGCGCGGCGGGAUCCGGUUCACCAUCCUCGGCAACCCUUGGUUCAUCCAGGUGAUUGUGACGAAUGUCGCCGGCGCCGGGGACGUGAAGUCGGUGAUGGUGAAGGGGGACAAGGUGAAGUGGACGAGGAUGGAGCGGGAUUGGGGGGAGACGUGGAAGACCGGCGUGCAUGAGCUGGUCGGAGAGUCGUUGACUUUUAGGGUCAAGACUACCGACGGGAGGUCGUGCACCGCGUGGCACGUGGCGCCUAAGGACUGGCAGUUCGGGCAGACUUAUGAAGGGAAGAAGAAUUUUAGGAUGUAAAAUGAAAUUCAGGUAAAAGAAUUAAGAUGGGUAUUUCUGAGAUGAUGGAGGUGAUUGGGUAUGAAAAUGUAAUUCGGAUGUGGAAUAUUUGGUAAUGGUAUAGGGUGUUGCUUUUGUAAUUAAGUAUGAUCAGUAUAGUGCGGUAGAUAAACGAAUUUAGCGUAUGGAAUGGAGGUGUAUGUAUAUUUUGUAAUGGAAAUAAGAGAAACUACAGGAUGGGAAUUAAAAAUUAUGCCUAAGAAGGUACUUCAACUUUUUUGAGUAGAAAGUGAAACUGAAAUUUGGUAUUGAGUAGAAAUCGGCUUGAUCAUAACAUUUCGUAGUUGGCUCAGGUGUGGUGAAAUCAUACAUCAAAGAACCAUAAGAGUUUCGAGAUGAUGAUCGAGACAAGAUUGUCAUCCACUUUAUCAUAACAAUAAAAUUUAAAGAAUUUG